CUUGUUCCCGGUGUUUUCCCUAAAAAGAACUCGGAAAAUUGAGAGAACUUCCAACAGUGGAGCGAUUUGGUUGAUCUCCAUUGUUACCGUAAAAAGGUCUGAUGGCUUCGAACAAUCCUACCACCGCAUUUGACAAAGAACAGAUCUUUGGAAUGGCAGAAAAAGAAAUGGAGUACAGAGUGGAAUUAUUCAAUAAGCUUACCCAAACAUGCUUCAAUAAAUGUAUUGAGAAAAGGUACAAGGAAUCUGAGCUUAACAUGGGGGAAAAUAGUUGCAUUGAUCGUUGUGUGUCAAAAUAUUGGCAGAUGACAAACUUGAAGUGUUUGGAUACUCUGACUCAGAUUUUAGUGGAUGUACUAAUGAUAUGA